GAAGAUGGCGGCGCCCGGACGGGCUGCGCUCUCGAGGAGCUGCUGCUAAAGAUGGAACAUUUGGCAGAAAUACCGGACAAUUCCACAAACUUUAUGGCUGGCUCACAUCGUGGUCACUCCGUGAUCACGUACGACCGCCAGACACUUCUGGAUGUGGACACAUCGGGCCGUUUUGGACCGAUAGACACUUGCGUGCUAGACUUGCUAACUAGCAUGGGAUUACAUCGGCGGCUACAUCCAGCGGCCUGUGAAGCAGGGGAGUCUAGUAGCAGCGGGGGCCGUCUACGGAGCAGACGCCAGCGGUGUGAUCGGAAACGCGGAUGCCGAGCGGGGCUAAAAACAAAGCAGAAGGCUAAUCCCCACAGAACACCACUUUCCUCCAUCCCGAAGACGGAUUUAGAUGGAAAAUGCGCGACUACUGGUCUGGUGAUUCACACGCUGCAGUAUUUCCACACUGCGUCCUCUCAAGUUCCAAACUUCCCAGAGUUUGUGGCUGUUGGUUAUGUUGAUGGAGUUCAGAUUUCUCACUAUGACAGCAACAGCAGGAAAGCAGAAGCCAAACAGGACUGGAUGAACAAAAUCACAGCAGAGGAUCCAAAAUACUGGCAGAGACAAACAGAGAUCAGUGUUGGUAAUGAGUUGAUUGGCAAACACAGCCUUGAAGUUCUUAAGAAGCGUUUCAACCAAACUGGAGGUGUUCACAUUUUCCAGAGGAUGACUGGAUGUGAAUGGAAUGAUGAGACUGAUGAAGUUAAAGGUUGGUAUCAGAGAGGUUAUGAUGGAGAAGAUUUCAUAUCGUUGGACAUGAAGACAUGGACAUUUACUGCAGCAAAACAACAAGCUUUCCCCGACAAACUCAAGUGGGACCAGGACAAACAUCUACUAGAAUACUAUAAGUUUUACUACACUGAGUAUUGUCCUUCUUACUUGAAGAAGUAUGUGAACAAUGGGAAGGAGGUCCUAAUGAGAACAGAGCUUCCAGAGGUGUUCCUGCUCCAGAAGACGCCGUCCUCUCCGGUCAGCUGCAUGGCGACAGGUUUCUACCCCGACGGUGCCGACCUGUUUUGGAGGAAAGACGGCGAGCAGAUCUUCGAGGACGUGGAGCACGGAGAGAUACUCCCCAACCACGACGGAACCUUCCAGAUGUCGGUGGCGCUGAAAGUGGAGGUGACGGCCGACGUGGAGGGCAAGUACGAAUGUGUGUUUCAGCUGUCAGGCGUCAAGGAGGACUUGGUCACCAAGCUGGAGAGAAGAAGCAUCCUGAGCAACGCAAGCCAUGAAGGUGAGAAAGACACAUUUAGUUGGAGAUGUUUCCCAUCACAAGUCCACCUGUCACCAUUAUUGAUCCAUGUCACCAUGACAACGCUUGACGUCUGCAUGCAAAGUAGUCAUGAAGGUUUCCUCUUCAUGCUUUGUCACUCCACUUGUGCUUUUUUGCUCUCCACAGACAACUUGAGCGUCGCCCUCGCUGCCACGGCGGCGGUCCUCGCUGUGGCGGCCAUCAUCAUCAUCAUCAUCAUCAUGGUCAUGGUCAGGCGUCACAGAAACAGACAAGGUGAGGGACGCCAAUGUCCUCUGUCUUCUUCUUCUCGGUGCACUCGGUCCAGGCCGUGAGUUGAUGCUUUCAUCCGGGCUGCAAAGGUGCGGCCAUCUUUUAGUUGCCUUCCAGCCAAACACUCAAAGAUCCACAGAGACAGAGCGCCCACUCUCACGUAGAAACACGGCGUGACGUGAGGGGAAAAGUCCACUUCACCUUGUUUCUCUUUCAUUUCAGCCCAGUACGAUCCAGCUGGUAAGUAAAACAUCUUUUCUUUGAGCCGCAAGAAACAAAGCCGUGGUGAAGCGUCACUCACAUGGAGGUCUGAUGUGGACCUUUGUUACAAGUUUAGCCGGAAAAGCCCAACUGGAGCUGACUCCUUCACAAUAAAAGUCCCUCCUGUGAGCACACGCAAUACAAAGUCUGGCAUAUCUCACUUUUGACAGGAGUCCUCAUGAUGAGGAUCAGCCAAAUGAGACAUCAAGUGUGCUGACUCGUCAUGUUUCCAAGUCACACCUCAAAGAUCUGAUGUGAGUGACGAGGCACCUUCUGGAUGUUCUUCCUUCACCGUUUGCGUUUGUCCCGCAGCUCGCCACGGCGGCGUGGAGCUCGACGAGAACGUGCAGGCGGCUGAAGGCUGAGUAAGCUCACAUGGACUGUCUGCACCUCCAAAUGUUCUUGUGUGAAGAUGAUGUUCAACUUGGAUUCACCUGCUUCUGUCGGGAAUGUGCUGAGUGGUCUUCUUCCUCCAGGAUGCUUUGUGCACUGGAACACAGGGAGAUGUCUCCAUCGCUGAGGGACGUCAUCACACUCGGAGAUGAGAUGGAGAUGUGCUUUGUUCUUCGUCCGACUGCUCCUCACGCUAUUCCAUGUAUUCUUCUUUGGCCGUUAAAAGACUUUCAAGAUCAAACGUUGGUGGCUGUAAAAUCGCACGUUUCAUGGCCUUGACGUCAUGACGAGGAUUUCUUCUUUUCUUUCAAUGGCCGCUGCUUAUGAUCAAUAUCACAUUGUGUCACAUCUCUGUCAAUAAAUCCGUUUUUCCUCCA